AACGUGAAUUUCAAACCAAAAACGUUAAAAAAUUGUUUCCUUUUCGAAAUAUUAUAAAGCAACCAAAUUGAAAAUUGGAAGAAUAGCCACUGUGAUUUAAUUUGGUUCACUUCAAUACACAUUUAGAACCCUUUCGAAUAAGAAAACUCUAAACAAAAUCAUAGCCAUGGAGGAAUUAGAAAGGCGGCAUCCCACGUUUAAUCGUUUAACAACAACCCUCACCAAACCCCUGUUGCUGCUGCCAACAAACUCAACUGCGCCGACUGCUGCGGCAGCGACUAACACGACUACGGCGACAACAAGGAGGAGGUUAUCAAAGAUUAAUUUGUGGAUUACUUUAACAAUCUUUGUCCUCUGCUCACAGAUCAACAGCUGUCAUUCUUUAGAUGGCCAACAAUUUCAACCGCCUCGUUUCACCACCCAACCAUCAUCAUCCGGAUCCAUAGUGAGCGAAGGACGAACGAAAAUUCUUCAGUGUCAUGCCUUAGGAUAUCCACAGCCCACAUAUCGUUGGAUUAAGAAUGGAAUACCCAUGGGUGACUAUUCAUCCAGUCAAUACAUGCGAAUAUUGAAUACGCAACGAGAUGAUGCUGGCAGUUAUAAAUGCAUAGCCAAAAAUGAAGCCGGCUCUAUAUUUAGUGAAUCGAUCGAUGUCGUUGUUGCUUAUAUGGGCACAUUCAGCAACAUAACCGAGGGUCGCCUUCAUGUCAUAUCAGGCCAUCCGGCCAUAUUGGAUUUGCCACCCAUUGAGUCGGUGCCGGUGCCUUCCGUCAUGUGGCAGACGGUAGAUGGACCACUCAAUUAUGACAUUAAAUAUGCCUACUCAAAAGACAAUCAAUUGAUAAUACUCAGUGCCGAUGAGGUGGAUCGCCAAUCGUAUCGGGCACGUGCCAUAAAUACCCAAUUGGGUAAAGAGGAGAACAGCGCCUUCAUCCAUUUGAACGUGAGUGGCGAUCCGUAUAUUGAAGUGGCACCGGAAAUCAUUGUGCAUCCGCAGGAUAUGAAAUUGAAACGUGGCGAACAAGUGGCCGAACUGCAAUGUAUAGCCAAUGCAAGGCCUUUACAUGAAUUGGAGACUCUGUGGUUUAAGGAUGGUAUACCUUUGGAAAAUGCUGAGAUAGCUCAUACACUAAAUGAUCCUUGGAAUCGUUCGCUGGCUUUGCUUUCGGUAAAUCUUACGCAUUCAGGCGAAUAUGCCUGUCAGGUGCGCCUUCGCAGUGGUGGCCAUAAAACAUUGACAUCAAAAGCAAAAAUUGAAAUUCUUGAGCCACCCUCAUUUUUUACGCCCAUGCGUCAGGAAACCUUUGGUGAAUUGGGUAUUUUAGUAACACUGCCCUGUGAUGUUGUGGGAGAUCCUCAGCCAACGGUUAGCUGGUUUAAAAAUGCCGAGCCCAUUGAUUUGAAGAAUGAAAAAUACUCGCUGUCGGAAGAUAAUGCCUUGCAUAUUAAAAAACUUGAGCUGGCAGACUCAGCCAUGUAUCAGUGUUUGGCUGUUAAUGAAGCUGGCGAAAAAUCUGCCUAUACUUGGUUAAGAGUUAAAACCUCUGCACCAAUUAUGGAGCUGCCACCACAAAAUGUGACCGCUUUGGAUGGCAAGGAUGCGACCGUUUCAUGCCGUGCUGUCGGUGCGCCCAACCCGAACAUCACUUGGAUUUACAAUGAAACCCAACUUGUUGAGAUUUCAAGCCGUAUUCAAAUUUUAGAAUCUGGAGACUUAUUAAUUUCUAAUGUACGCGAAUCCGAUGCUGGCCUUUACACUUGUGUCCGUUCCAAUGAGGCGGGCACAGUGAAUGGUGAAGCCUAUUUGGGCGUUUUGGUUCGCACACAAAUCAUUCAGCCACCAGUUGACACCACUGUCCUAUUGGGCCUUACCGCAUCACUGCAGUGCAAAGUCUCAAGUGAUCCAACAGUGCCAUAUAACAUCGAUUGGUAUCGUGAAGGUCAUCCAACGGCCAUUAGCAACUCUCAGCGCAUUGGUGUACAAUCCGAUGGCACACUGGAGAUCCAAGCGGUACGAGCCUCUGACGUUGGCACCUAUGCCUGUGUGGUAACCUCACCGGGUGGCAAUGAGACGCGUUCGGCCCACUUAAGUGUCAUUGAACUGCCAUUUCCCCCCUCAAACGUCAAGGCAACACGUUUGGAUGGAGCCAACCAGAGGGCCAUUAAUGUAUCCUGGACACCGGGUUUCGAUGGCAAUAGUCCAAUAUCGAAGUUUAUUAUACAGAGGCGUGAAGUAUCUGAAUUAGAAAAAUUCGUAGGUCCUGUACCAGAUCCUUUUCUCAAUUGGAUAACCGAACUCAGCAAUGUCUCUGCGGAGAAUCGUUGGAUUCUAUUGGAGAACCUGAAAGCAGCUACUGUCUACCAAUUUCGUGUGAGUGCUGUUAAUCAAGUGGGCGAAGGUUCACCUUCGGAGCCGAGUAAUAUUGUGGAACUGCCCCAGGAAGAAUUACCGCUACAUCGAGCCCCAUCCGGACCUCCAGUAGGUUUUGUUGGCUCCGCGCGUUCACAGUCGGAAAUUAUCACCCAAUGGCAACCACCUCUAGAGGAACAUCGUAAUGGUCAGAUAUUGGGGUACAUAAUUCGAUAUCGCCUUUAUGGCUACAACAAUGUCCCCUGGAUGUAUCAGAAUAUAACAAAUGAGGCACAACGAAACUAUCUGAUUCAGGAGUUGAUUACCUGGAAGGAUUAUGUGGUGCAAAUAGCAGCCUAUAAUAAUAUGGGAGUAGGUGUCUAUAAUGAAGGUGCUAAAAUCAAAACCAAAGAAGGUGUACCCGAAGCUCCACCCACAAAUGUGAAAGUUAAGGCCCUCAAUUCCACCGCAGUCAAGGUAACAUGGACUCCACCCAAUCCCCAGCAGAUAAAUGGCAUAAAUCAGGGCUAUAAGUUACAAGCGUGGCGCACCCAACUUGUGGAUGGCGAAGAGCGGGAGAUUGAAGAGAAAAUGAUGACAGUGCCUCCCAGCCUUUUGGAUCCCUUAGCGGAACAAUCGGCAAUUUUAUCAGGACUGGAGAAAUUUCAGGACUACAACAUCACUGUGUUGUGCUUUACAGAUCCUGGCGAUGGUGUGAGAAGUUUUCGCAUACCAGUCAAAACCAAAGAAGAUGUUCCCGAUGAAAUAACUGCCCUACAUUUCGAUGAUGUCUCCGAUCGCUCGGUGACAGUUUUAUGGGCACCUCCAAAAAAUGUUAAUGGUAUACUCACAGGCUACUCGGUACGUCAUCAGGUCAAGGAUCGUCCUGAGACCAUGAGGUCUGUCAACUUAACUGCCGAUGAUACCCAAUUGGUGGUGAAUCAAUUGCAAGCCACCACCCAUUAUUGGUUUGAGAUUAGGGCCUGGACACGUGUGGGAGGUGGACCACCCAAGACAGCCACUAUACAAUCAGGUGUUGAACCGGUGCUGCCACAUCCUCCCACCAGCUUGGCCUUAUCCAAUAUCGAAGCAUUUUCGGUGGUGCUACAAUUCACGCCAGGCUUUGAUGGCAACUCCUCCAUUACUAAAUGGAAGGUAGAGGCUCAGACUGCUCGCAAUUUGACUUGGUUUACGGUGUGUGAAAUAUCAGAUCCUGAUGCUGAGACUUUAACUGUAACUGGGCUCACACCGUUCACUCAAUAUCGUUUACGCCUCAGUGCCACCAAUGUGGUGGGGACUUCAAAGGCAUCCGAACCCACCAAGGAUUUCCAAACUAUUCAAGCUAGACCCAUGCAUCCACCAUUCAAUGUCACCGUGAGAGCCAUGUCGGCCACGCAAUUGCGUGUGCGUUGGAUACCGCUGCAGCAGACCGAAUGGUAUGGUAAUCCAAGAGGCUAUAACAUUACCUACCGACAAGUGGAGAGUGAGAAUCGCAUAACGCCCAAGAGUGUUUUGAUUGAAGAUCAUACGGCCAACUCCCAUGUGCUGGAGAACCUCGAGGAAUGGACUGUGUAUGAAAUUUCCAUGAGUGCUUGCAAUGAUGUAGGCCAAUCACGCCACAGCGGCACUGCCAUUGAGAGAACUAGGGAAGCGGUGCCUUCAUACGGGCCUUUGGAUGUGCAAGCUAAUGCCACCUCUUCCACUACUAUUGUGGUGAAAUGGGGUGAGGUGCCUAAACAACAUCGCAACGGCCAAAUCGAUGGUUAUAAGGUCUUCUAUGCGGCCACCAAUCGGGGUGGCCAGGUUCUGCACAAAACCAUCUCCAACAAUAGCUCUUACACCACUACACUGACAGAGCUCAAGAAAUUUGUUAUCUAUCACAUUCAAGUGCUGGCUUUUACACGUCUGGGAGAUGGUGCCCUUAGUACUCCUCCCGUUAGAGUGCAAACCUUUGAGGAUACACCAGGCGCUCCUUCCAAUGUAAGCUUCCCCGAUGUUUCCUUCUCAACGGCUCGCAUUAUCUGGGAUGUGCCAGAAGACCCCAAUGGCGAGAUAUUGGCCUAUCAAGUUACCUACUCGCUCAAUGGUACCUCCAGUCUUAACUACAGUCGAGAAUUUUCACCCUCAGAUCGAACUUUCCGGGCUACGCAACUUCUGGCCGAGCGCUACUACAUUUUCAGUGUAACUGCUCAAACCCGUUUGGGUUGGGGUAAGACCGCUUCCGUGUUGGUGUAUACUACCAAUAACCGUGACCGGCCACAACCACCUUCAAUGCCUCAGAUAUCUCGUAGCCAAAUACAGGCCCAUCAAAUUACCUUCAAUUGGACCCCGGGACGGGAUGGCUUUGCUCCUUUGCGCUAUUACACAGUACAAAUGCGAGAAAAUGAAGGACCCUGGACUUUGCUGCCAGAACGAGUGAAUCCGGGAGUAACCUUUUACACAGCCAGCUCCUUAAAACCACACACUACCUAUCAGUUCCGCAUACAAGCCACCAAUGAUUUGGGACCUUCAGCUUUUAGCAGGGAAAGUAUUGUGGUGCGCACUCUGCCAGCUGCCCCUUCGGUAUCUGUGACCAAUUUGAAGGUGGUGCCUAUAACCACAACAUCGGUUAGAGUGAAAUGGAAUGCUUUGGAGACCUCAAUGUGGAAUGGUGAUGCCAGCACUGGGGGCUAUCGCAUACUCUAUCAACAGCUUUCAGAUUUUCCUGCAGCGUUGCAGGCCACACCUAAAACCGAUGUUAUGGGCAUUAACAUUGAUUCUGUGGUUCUAUCCGAUCUACAACAGGAUCGCAACUAUGAAAUUGUGGUAUUGCCUUUCAACUCCCAAGGCCCUGGUCCUGCCACACCUCCUGUGGCUGUAUAUGUAGGCGAAGCUGUACCCACCGGUGAACCCCGCGCCGUAGAUGCUGCUCCCAUAUCCAGCACUGAAGUGCGACUGCGCUGGAAGCCACCCAAGCAAAGCAUGCAGAAUGGAGAUCUCUUGGGUUACAAAAUAUUCUACUUGGUAACAGACUCUCCGCAAGAAUUGGAAGAGGGCAAAUCCUGGGAGGAAGAAAUCGAAGUGGUCUCAGCCACUGCCACUUCUCACAGUUUGGUGUUUUUGGAUAAAUUCACUGAAUAUCGCAUACAGAUAUUGGCCUUCAAUCCAGCCGGCGAUGGACCACGCUCCUCACCCAUAACGGUUAAAACCUUGCAGGGACUACCCAGUGCACCACAAAAUCUACGAUUUGAGGAUAUAACAAUGCAAUCGCUUAAAGUGUCAUGGGAUCCUCCAAAAUUCAAGAAUGGAGAAAUUUUAGGCUAUCUUGUAACCUAUGAGACAACGGAAGAAAAUGAAAAAUUCAGCAAACAGGUUAAGCAAAAAGUUUCCGGCACCAGUUUACUGGUACAAAAUCUUGAGGAAGAGGUCACCUAUACCUUCACGGUGCGAGCACAAACAAUUGACUAUGGCCCCGCAGUUAGUGAGAAUGUGACCACUGGACCCCAGGAAGGAUCACCUGUGGCUCCCAGAGACCUGAUAUUGACCAAAACUUUAUCCAGUGUAGAAAUGCAUUGGCUAAAUGGACCUUCGGGUCGUGGUCCCAUAUUGGGUUAUUACAUCGAAGCCAAGAAACGAGAACGAGGCGAACCAUCAUUUAUUUACGACUCCCGUUGGGAGACUAUAACGAAAACGACCACCGGUACCAUACAGGAUUUUACCGUCAGCUACCAAAGUCUACUGCCCUCGACUGCCUACACAUUUAGGGUUAUAGCAUACAAUCGUUAUGGGAUAUCCUUCCCAGUUUAUUCUAAGGACUCCAUAUUGACCCCUUCAAAGCUGCACUUGGAAUAUGGUUAUCUACAGCACAAGCCUUUCUAUAGGCAGACAUGGUUCAUGGUGGCAUUGGCCGCCACCUCCAUUGUAAUUAUUAUUAUGGUAAUAGCGGUGUUAUGUGUGAAAAGUAAAAGCUAUAAAUAUAAACAAGAAGCUCAAAAAACCUUGGAAGAAUCUAUGGCCAUGUCGAUUGAUGAGAGACAAGAAUUGGCCUUGGAAUUAUAUCGUUCCCGCCACGGUGUCGGCACUGGCACUUUAAACAGUGUGGGCACCUUGAGUCGUGGUACUUUGGGCACCCUGGGACGUAAAAAUAACAAUCGACCACCUAACAAUGUUCAAUUGGGUAAAAGUCCACCAAGACCAUCACCUGCAUCGGUGGCUUAUCACAGCGAUGAGGAAAGUCUAAAAUGUUAUGAUGAAAAUCCCGAUGAUAGUAGUGUUACCGAAAAACCAUCGGAAGUUAGCUCAUCGGAGGCGUCGCAGCAUUCGGAGAGUGAAAAUGAGAGUGUACGCUCUGAUCCACAUUCCUUUGUCAAUCAUUAUGCCAAUGUCAAUGAUUCACUGCGGCAAUCAUGGAAGAAAACAAAGCCUGUACGCAAUUAUUCAAGUUAUACGGACUCUGAGCCGGAAGGCAGUGCAGUGAUGAGUCUCAAUGGUGGUCAAAUUAUUGUCAAUAAUAUGGCCAGAUCGAGAGCACCACUGCCUGGUUUCUCAUCUUUUGUCUGACAAUCUACAGAGUAGAAUAUUUAGGAUCUAAAUUCGACAUCCAUACAUACACACAAACACACACUUAAAACUUAAUUCACUUCAUACUUAUACAUAUACGAAAAUCAUUGAACCACACACACACAUACAACACACUCUCAUCGCAACUACUUACAAAAUCCCUUACAAAGAACAAAAACAAAAAAAAAAAAACAACCAUACUACUUUUAAGAUUUCAAAUGGAACAAAAGAUGAAGAAAGCAAAUGUCUGCCUAUUUAUUUUUAGCAUCUAAGUUGUAUGUAAACCAUAAGAGAUACUAAUGAAAUUUAUUAACUGGAUAAGUAAGAAAGUAACAA